AUGACGUCGGUCGGCGUUCCCAUCAAGGUUUUGCACGAUGCCGAAGGGCACGUGAUUACGUUGGAGACAAUAAACGGGGAGAUAUUCCGAGGGAAGCUGAUCGAAGCUGAGGACAAUAUGAACGUUCAUAUGCAAGAUAUUAUAAUGACCGCCAGGGACGGCAAGACAUCCAGCCUCCAGCACGUUUACAUUCGGGGGAGCAAAAUCAGGUUUGUGCAUCAGCUGCCGAUUGAUACGAGACCAUAGGUUUUUAAUUUUGCCAGAUAUGCUUAAAAACUCACCAAUGCUCAAACGCCCUCUUGGUGCACGUGGUCUUGGCACUGGACGCGGCAAGAACGUUAUCGUCAGGGCCGGAGGUAAGCCACUCUUUAGUUGUUAACUCGUUGGUACUUUUUAGUUAGAGGAAGAGCUCGACCAUUGCGUGGUGCGCGGGGUGCGCCGCCAGCUCCAGCCUUCCGACGUUGA